ACAGAGUGCAGGAUUCAGAGGUGUGCUGCGUACAGACUGCAGGGUUCAGAGGUGUGCUGCGUACAGACUGCAGGGUUCAGAGGUGUGCUGUGCACAGACUGUAGGGUUCAGAGGUGUGCUGUGUACAGACUGCAAGGUUUAGGGGUGCACUGUGUACAGAGUGCAGGGUUUAGGGGUGUGCUGUGUACAGAGUGCAGGGUUCAGGAGUGUGCUAUGUACAGAGUGCAGGGUUCAGGAGUGUGCUAAAUACAGAGGACAAGGUUCAGGAGUAUGCUGUGUACAGAUUGCAAGGUUCAGGAGUGUGCUGUGUACAGAGUGCAGGGUUCAGGGGUGUGCUGUGUAGAAAGUGGAGGGUUUAGGGGUGUGCUGUGUACAGAUUGCAGGAUUUAGGGGUGGUCUAUGUACAGAGUGCGGGGUUUA